UAUCUAUAUAUCAUAUACUAUGGAUAAUAUGUCUUCUUUAAUAAUAUUUACGUUAAUAAUAUGUUGUGUAAUUGUGAGAGCACAAAUACCUCAACAUUGUCGUAAGAUAACUCCGUGUUCCUGCAUAGAUGAGUUUAACCGGGUUGUAAAUCUGACAGUAUUGGCUAAUAAGCUUACACCAAGAUUUAAGGAUUACCAAACAGCUGGAGGAGAAGAUAAUAAAUACUCAUGGAAUCCUUGUAAUAAUUUUGAAGAAGGUCCAGAGAAUGGAGGAUGCAUUAAUGUUGGGGCUUGUAAAAUUUCUCCAAAUGGUACAUACACAGGACUUGGACAGUCUGAAACAGUAGAAUUUUCUCAUGAUGAUAAUGGUAACUUGUCUCUGGUAAUGACUCAACAAGACGGUGACAACAUGAUAGAAACACAUGUUAUUUUAUACUGUGACGAGGAAAGGGAUGCAUUUUUUCGUGUCAUAGGACAAAUAACAGAUCGAGUUUACUGGUUGCAACUUUGGUCGAAGUACAAUUGUCCAAGUCAUUUGAAGUCAUAUGAUGAUAUCGUCACCAUGCCAGCACCCGAACCGAACUCUGAACGUAUGCCUACCAUGCCCAAUCCGGGCGUUGUAACAAUGACUUCCUCUCCUUCUGGAGAUAAGAGGACUAUUAAAGAUAUUGAAAUCAUUCUGUUUUGCAUAUUGGUGAUGGUCACACUCAUACUUAUGGUUUUAUUAACACGAUAUACACUCAAAAUGCGAACAAGUAGAGAGGAAACCAAUGGAUACAGUCGACUACCACAAUAUGAAGCUCAAUAUAUUAAGGAGACAAAAUGAUGUAUUCUACACAGUGAAUUAUUGUUUAUUGGUAUUCCCUAAAAAGAUUUUUAGAAUAAAAAAAAUACAUUUUGUAGAUAACUUUAUAUGCGAUAAGUCGA